CACUUCGAGUUAAUUACAUUUAAAACAGCAAAACUGUAUACGCUGACCUAAAAACAUUUUAUUAUACAUAAAUAUAAUUUUGUUUCUUGGUUAAGAAGUGCAGCAUCAAUUGUGGUGUAAGAUGUACUAUAACCGUGGCUUAUGAUUCAGUUCAUCGUGCGCGGCAUUGCUCAACACUAGACGAAAAAUGUCACGUCGGAGAAACAGAAAAGACACAAAAAAUAUAUUAUAAAGCUCAUUAUGCGCAAGUAUUUAAAUAGAUACAAAAUAAUAUAAAAAUAUGCAAUUGUAUAUUUAGUAUGUGCUUUAAUUAAUUCGAUAAAAUUGUGAACGUAAAUUGUAAAGUUUUUAAUAAAAUAUAUAAACAACGAAGACGACGUAGUUUGUGGGUGCAUCUCUUUAGUGCGAAAAAACAAGAAGCGGAAAAAGUGUGACAAAACCAAAAAAAAAAAAAGUCAGCAGAACUUGCAGUAUAAUAAUAACACACAAAGUAAUAACACCGAACCACAUACACAUACAAACACCCACACCAACACUUAGACACCAGUACACAACAGGCAGCAAAUAGGAGGCAGGUGGCAGCUCAGUCAACAAUUGUGCCACACAUACAAAAAAUAAAAAACCACAAAGAAUUAUAAACAUAAUGAAUCGCAGCGACGGCUUGGUUAGGCGCGCUGUCAAGCCACGCGAGAAUGGAGCCGAGGGCGGAGGCGCUAGUGGCUUGAAUGCAAACACACCGGAUGACAAUCAGGACACGCAUGACAGCAACAAGGAUCAGGAGGAUAACAUUGAUGAUGGUGACUCAAAGGAGACACGACUUACGCUUAUGGAGGAGGUGCUACUGCUUGGCCUUAAGGAUAAAGAGGGUUACACAUCUUUCUGGAAUGAUUGCAUAUCAAGCGGCUUGCGUGGAUGCAUUCUCAUUGAGCUGGGCCUGCGUGGGCGUGUUAUGAUCGAGAAAUCGGGCAUGCGACGUCGUGGCUUGUGUACAAGAAAGUUAAUACUGAAAUCGGAUCAGCAAACUGGCGAUGUUUUGUUGGAUGAGGCACUGAAACACAUUAAGGAAACAGAUCCACCAGAGACUGUGCAAAGUUGGAUCGAAUAUCUGAGCGGUGAAACUUGGAAUCCGUUGAAGUUACGCUACCAGCUAAAAAAUGUUCGCGAGCGUCUAGCCAAGAACCUCGUCGAAAAGGGUGUUCUCACAACGGAAAAGCAAAACUUUCUGCUCUUCGACAUGACGACUCAUCCGCUCAGUGAUAAUGUGGUUAAGUGCCGUCUGGUCAAGAAGAUACAAGAUUCGGUACUUUCCAAAUGGGUGAACGAUCCGCAGCGCAUGGAUAAGCGAAUGCUGGCACUUAUCUUUUUGGCGCACGCCAGUGACGUCAUUGAGAAUGCGUUUGCGCCGCUCAACGACGAUGAUUACGAGGUGGCCAUGAAACGAGUGCGCGAACUGCUCGACCUCGACUUUGAAACAGAGGCGGCCAAGCCGAAUGCGAAUGAAAUACUUUGGGCUGUGUUUAUGGCGUUUACGAAAUAGGGCGAAUGUCUAAUUCUACAACCCCUCCCUAAAUCUGGCACCACAGCAGUCACCAGCGGCACACACACACAUACACACACCCAAUACAGCCACACACACAAUCAACACGCACACUUACACUUACACUUACACCUACACUCCAAGAUUUUCAUCUUUGGCUGCUUGUUUUCACACCGAAAUGGGUGAUUUAAAUGCGCCCAAGAUUCGGAUUUAUUUCAGUUAAUUUAAAAAUGAUAGUGUGAGAGAGGCGCUGGUUAUAGAAACAGAUAUGUAUAUAUAUUAUUUUCUAUAUUCCGCCCUAAUAUCCGAUGAAAAAUUUUUCGUUUUAU